AUGGAUUUAAUCACAAGCAAGACGGAGGGAGGAUUUGGUGCUUCAGGUCGGGUAACAGAGAGUUUUACCUCCUCAAGACUGACAUCCCUUCCACCAAAGGGCAGCAGUGGAUUAGUGAGCACUCAGCGCACGCUGAGCUCUAGUUCUAGUUCCGGAUCUGUACCUGGAUCUGGAGGAACAGUGGUGGUGGAGAAGAGGAUCCUCACCCAGAGCAGUGGUGCUGGAGGAGGAAGUAGCAGUAAUGUAAAAUCCUCUUCUUCAUUGGGAGGCUUGAGUGGCAGUACAGUGCGAGUAGUGACCGGUGGAGCUGGUAGCUCAUCAGUGACUUCACCUGGCCCUUAUUCUCUGGUAACAUCUUCAGGUGGCAGUUUAGGAACUUCUGGCAUCACCUCCUCCUCCAUUACAGGUUAUUCAGGAGGAGGUGGAGGUUCCGCUGGUGGUUUUGAGUCCCGUUUGUCCUCACAGUUUGUGUCCUACCCCUCUGAAGAAAUGACUAGCUAUUCGAUUGGUCCCUUGCACCUGUCUGGUGGGGCUUCUUCCUCAGUCAUGACUUCUGGAGGUGGGGUAUCAUCAUCUGUGAUGACGGGAGGAGGUGGUUCGACCAGAUUUACUUCUUCUUCCUCAACGAGUGCAAUGAAGAGUGCGACCUACUCCCCAGUUACUCAGAGGAAGACCAGUGUGACUCUGCGCUCUGGAGGUUAUGAAGGAAGCUCAAGUGGAAAUUCCUCCCCUGAAUACACCAGGAAAGAGUAUGCAGCUGCAAGUGCAGCCACCAGGGGGCGCACCCAGACCAGAGAGAGCGAGAUCAGAGCCAGACUGCAGAGUGCCUCCCCAUCCACAAGAUGGACUGAACUGGAUGAUGUAAAGAAACUGCUGAAAGGGGGUCGUUCCUGUAGUAGCAGUCCUCCUCGGUCUCCCACCAAUACUCUGCCUAUACCUAAAAAACGCAUUGUGGAGACACGCACCGAGAGUCACUCAGGAUAUGACAGCACUGUCAUGGAUUCUGGAUACAGUGGUUUUGGCUACCACACCAACCCCAACAACCUCAGCCCCACCACUCUACAGCACAACAUGGGUCUGCAGAACAACUUGGCCUUGGGUGCAUCGACCAUGGGCAGUGGCCUCUCUGCUGUAAAUGCAGUGUAUGGGAUGCAGAAUAAUUUAACCAGCGGUGGUGGUGUUGGACUCUCUGCCAAUGCAAUCAGUGCUGGUCCAGUAUACACAGCUAGAAGGAAUGUCGUUGGCACUGCAGCAACCACUGCUACCUCUGUCCCCACCAGUCCGAUCUCCACAGACGAUGUGUUUGUUAAGGACUACAAGUUCAUGCUGCUGGAGAAAGAUAACGCUCCAGUAAAAAAAGAAACGGAGAGGCUGAUCGUGUCUAAAGACACAGGCAAACAGUUCACUGCAUCCACAAGAAUGUCAGGUGCAGUUUCAGAUGACUCACUGAAGAGGGAGAAGAAAAUGAUCUCCACAGAAACAGCCAUGAUGGCAAAUGGUGUCAGAGCUGCAGCUCCAACUAAAGACAAAGCUACUUAUGCAGAAAUUAGUAAGGAGGAAUCUGGUGGAGGAGGUGGAAUGGGAUUCUGCUCAUGUUGUACUUGGUGGAAGUGGCUGCUUGGACUGCUGCUUGGACUGCUCUUCCUGCUGGGACUUCUCUUUGGACUUAUUGCUCUGGCUGAGGAACUAAAGCACUUAAAGGCUCGUGUGGACCGCUUGGAAAGUGGUGGGGAAAUGCGGAUGUCGACUGGUCGCCUACAGUCAUCCGGAAAUGUAAACAUUGUAGAUCCACUACUGGAUGGACGAGACCCAUCAAUAUCGAAGACUUUUGGAAGGCUGGGAUCUGAAUUUAUCUCGUCCGACACUGUUGCACUGCAAAAUACUGUGAAACAACUAGUCCAGUCUGAAUUACAAUCCGAUACCAUGAGAGCUACACUAAAAGGCAACAGAGGGGAACCUGGAGUUAAAGGUGACCAGGGAUCUCAUGGGGUUAAAGGUGAUGCUGGAUUUCCUGGAGCACCAGGUCCUCCUGGUACUCCUGGUCACCCAGGACAAGAAGGCCCGAGAGGACCUAAAGGAAGCGCUGGUGAGCUAGGAAAUGAGGGUCAACCUGGGCAGCGAGGCCGCGAAGGGCCAACAGGACCCAGAGGGGAACCCGGCCUUCCAGGAGCUGGAGAGAAGGGAGAAAAAGGGUCAUCUGGAGAUCCUGGGCCUAUGGGACCUGCAGGACCACCAGGACCUAUGGGACCCAGAGGAGAGGUGGGUGCUUCCGGUACUGCUGGAGCUCCAGGCGCUCCUGGUCCUCAAGGUUUUCGUGGAGAUGCUGGUGAUCCUGGAGCAAAGGGUGAAAGAGGACCUGCAGGACCUCCUGGACCUAAAGGUGACCAAGGAGAGAAAGGACCUCGUGGUGCAUCUGGAGAGCCAGGGCAGCCAGGACCCAUUGGUCCACCAGGAGAAAAAGGACUCAAAGGCUCAGCAGGUUCCCCUGGACCAGAUGGUGCAAAGGGAAGUCGAGGUGAUCAAGGGCCGAUUGGGCCUCCAGGUUUACGUGGACCAGCUGGACCUCCAGGAGAUGCUGGAAUACCAGGAACCCCUGGACUCCAAGGACCACCAGGUUUGCCAGGAACACCAGGUCAACCUGGAGCAAAAGGUGAUGCAGGUGAUCCUGGAAGAGUUGUCACUGCAGGCUCUUCUUCAAACACUCUGGGCAUUUCUGGACCUCCUGGACCUGCUGGACCUUCCGGACCACCUGGGCCUUCUGGAGCACCUGGACUAUCGGGUCCCAUUGGUCCUGCUGGUUUUCCUGGGUCGGCUGGACCCAGAGGAGAAAAGGGUGACAGGGGUGAUGAUGGAGAACCUGGCAUCUCUGUAAAAUCUUUUGAAAAAUUCAAGUCUGAUCCUGCCUCAGAUGGUCUUCCUGGUCGUCCUGGCACACCUGGAUCUCCUGGACCUCCUGGACCCCCUGGAGAACCUGGAAGACCAGGUGUUGGUCAGCCUGGUACAGCUGGUGUGCCUGGUUCACCUGGUCCACCUGGUUUGCCUGGUCCACCUGGUGAUAAGGGUGAGCCCGGAACCUUUGUACCCUCCCCAGAGACAUACUUCUCUGGACCCCCUGGGCCUCCUGGACCCCCUGGACCUGAAGGACCUCCAGGAUCUGGAGGACCUCAAGGGAAUCCUGGUCAGCCUGGAUUACCAGGAGAACCUGGCCUUGGUUUUCCAGGGCCUCCAGGCCCAGUUGGACCUCCAGGUCCUGGGGGUGUACCUGGCCCAAUAGGACCUCCGGGACCACCAGGUGAUGGUGGUGUUCCAGGAGCCCCUGGCAUUCCAGGCUAUUCUUAUGGUGGGACACCAGGUUCAGCUGGACCUCCAGGAUCUCCUGGACCACCUGGGCCUCCUGGACCUCCAGGUGAUGGUUCCGGCUUUCCAGUUACUCAGCAGCUUAGUGACAUUCUAAACAAUGAUGGCAUUAGAGAAUACUUUACUGGUCCACCUGGACCUCCUGGACCACCUGGAAGUAUAUCUGAUGAUGACUUGGCUAAUCGUGUUAUCAAUUACCUCCAAAGAGAGGAGGUGAGGCUAUUCCUGGUUGGUCCCCCAGGACCUCCUGGAGCUCCAGGUAUUCCAGGCAUUAACCCUCAGGAAGUAGCUGGUAGAGUCCUCAAUCUAAUGAACGAGGAGGGUCUGCUUACAAAAGCCGGACCAUCUGACCCUUCAGGACCCUACAGUGAUAUUUCUCAUCUUUUACAAAAAAACAAAAAUUUUUUUCCUAUUGAAGAUGCUGGUUUUAUAGGACAUUCUGGUCCUCCUGGACCUCAGGGACCUCCUGGGAUCAUAAAAAGUCUAGUGUCAUAUGCUGAAAAUGCACAAGAGCCUAUUCGUGCAGAACUGCAGGAGUAUCUUAGAAGUGUCCAAGGUCCCCCGGGUCCUCCAGGUCCCGCUGGACCCCAAGGUUAUAUGGGCGAGAAUUUGGACUACCACAUUAUUGCAGAACAAGUUGUGGACUAUAUCAAAUCUAAUGGCUUGUUGCUGCAAAAUAUUCAGGGGCCUCCUGGCCCUUCUGGACGACCGGGUCUACCUGGACAUUCAUACAAUUCUUACGCCAACAUGACUGAAAUUGUUCAGUAUAUUAGAGACCAUGGCAUGGUUGGACCACCUGGCAUACCUGGAGAGAAAGGAGACAUGGGAUAUCCAGGUCCAAAGGGAUCAAAAGGUCCAAGAGGUGAGCAAGGAAUCCCUGGACGUCCUGGUAUUGACGGACAAAAAGGAGAAAAAGGAGAAGCUGCUUACCUAAGUCACAGAAGGAAGAGAAGAAGUUUGGGUGUGUAGAUGGAAAACAAUCAUUAUCAUCAUUAGCAGCAGCAAUCUAUAAACUUUUUUGUAUUUUUAUACAAAACAGUAAAAAAUAAUUACUAAUUACUAAAAUAAU